GAAGCAUUCAUCCGUUCAUUAAACCCCACGUUUUGUUUAUGCCCCCGUUCCCUCUGCUCUCUCUCUCUCGGUUCGUGCAAACAGUGUUGCAGAAGAAGAAGAAGAAGAAGAAGAAGAAGAUGGAAGAAAUCGACAAGUUCUGUACCAAUAAGGUAGGUUAGGAUGGUGGCAGAAUGAUGGGAUUAAGGUUCCUAAGAAAGACUCUGUUGUGAUCUUUUUCUGCCAUAGGAGAAGCUAAGAGGAGCUAAUUUAUCAAUAGUUGCAAGAAGCCCAGUGCUUACCCAGUAGUUUAACACUUUAGCUGAUCAUGUCGAGGCAAGCUCACCUUCCACCCCGCUGCCCAUUUCAAAAGAGAACACCAACUCGUUCGAUUCAUGAGAAUCACGACUCUUUCUCUCCAAGCCCAUGCAAAUAUAUUGAAGCCUAUCCUCGACACCAAAAAUCUAUAUCACAAGGGGCCAUUUUGGAGGAGCAGCCAGCAUGGCUUGAUGAUCUGUUGAGUGAUACAGAUACAAAUACAAAAGUGGUGCAUCGUAGAUCAGCUAGUGAUUCUGUGACCCUUCUAGAUGGCCUCAUUUCACCAAAUUCUUCUGUGUUUAAUGAGGAUGAUGAUAACUUAAGUUUGAGUGAAACUGGUAGCAGCUUGGAGUCGGCUUGUACUUAUGGUCCUAAUUCCCCUCGGAGGAAAGGAAAGCUAACAUUGCCAGAGAAUGCCAUGGUUUCAGCAUUAUCAGAAUAUCUUUCUUUGAAGCCUAUGCAAUGCUUGGAUGGUGAUCUUUGCAUUUCUGGAGUAGUGCAAUGUGAUUCACUGCAAGAUACAAGUGGAUCAGCCGGGGAGGUCAAUAAUGAGAUAAAGGCAGCAAAACGGCAUUCUGGGCAGCGUUCAAGGGUCCGUAAACUCCAAUACAUAGCUCAACUAGAAAAAACUGUUGAUGCACUUAAGGCUUUGGAGUCAGAAUUGGCUUUAAAGGUUGCUUCUUUGCUUCAGCAACGUGUCGCUUUAUCAAUGGAAAACAGCAAACUAAAGCAGCAGGUUGUUAGACUUCAACAGGACAAAUUGAUCGUAGAUGGUCAGUAUCAAUAUCUACAGAAAGAAGUGAAGAGGUUGAAAAUUCGUUUAGCAUAUUCCCCAAAUAGCAACUCUUCGGAUUUCUCAUUGAGCCCUGCAACAGAGGGAGUCGGUUUAGAUGCUUCCUGGCAGAUGUUAGACAUGGGGAAACUGAAUCUCAACUGAACAUGUAUUUUGAAGGCUGUAUUGCACGUCUUUGCUCCAGAAGGCACUGUUCCAUAAGUGGAAAUCAUGGUGAAGCUGCUUCAAGUUUGUGCCUUGCUACUUUGAAUGAACUGUGCAUUUGAAUGUUAUAUCAAAAUGGAAAGGAAAUGGCUUUGCUGUUUCCCUUUCAAUGACUAGAUGUUUGAGCCAUAUUAGGGUAUAGAAUGGGAUGGAUGGAUGGAUUCUAGCCUUUAGGAACCCCUUGGAGAACAUGGCUUAGCCCCUUGUCUGGAAAGAAAGACAUUAUUUCAGACUUUUA